UUUCUGUCAACAGCUCGACAAAAGACGUCUGCUCAAGUUAGGAUUUUGGUAGUUUGGAGAAAAACUUUAAUCUGUAAUGUCGGACCAAGAAGAUCAAGAUUUUGACGACGGUGACGAGGCAGGUGACGAUGCAGGUGAAGACGCAGAAGGUGGAAGCGAGGGGAUAGAUGCAGACGAAGAACUGCCAGAAGGUGGGGAGGAAGAACAGCAGGAAGAAGCCGAAGAAGAAGAGAAGCUUCCACCAAAUCCACUGACAGAAGAAAUGAUCAGCGAAUGUUUGUCUCUGUUGUGUAAAACCGGAGAUGGGCUUGCUCAUGCAUACGUCAGGCUUGAUAUACGUGACAGGGAAAUCACUGACAUCAACAUGCUCAAUAGUUUCAUUCACCUACGUUACAUUGAUGUCACCAAAAACAACUUGAAGGACCUGUCUCCACUUAGUAACUUAACUCACAUGCUCACCCUAAAGGCAGACGAAAAUCUGCUGACUAGUGCAAAAUUGGAAGAGAUGCCGUUUCUGCAGACUGCGUCUUUUAAUCACAAUAAGAUCAACACAACAGAAGGCAUUAAUCAUCCGAGCUUAGAAGUAUUAAGUUUAAACUACAAUGAAAUUUCCACGGUCACAGGAAUCAAUGGGUCUAAACUGUCAAGAUUACACACACUGGAAAUGCGUGGAAAUAGGCUUGAAACCACUGAUGGAAUUAAUUUGCCAAAUCUUAGAAAUCUCUUUCUUGGAGCAAACAUGAUAAAGCGCUUGGAAGGAUUGGGUCGACUUUCCAAACUCUGUACAUUACACCUCCGUGAAAAUCAGUUAGAAGAUCUGGAAGGCUUUUCAGAUGAACAAAAAGACCUCCAGUAUAUCAACCUCAGAGGCAACAUCAUUGGCAGUGUGAAAGCAAUCGCUGGACUCAAAGAACUUCCAAUGUUGAGAGCCUUGGUGUUGUCUGAAAAUCCUCUAGCUGAGGAAGACGACUAUCGUCUGGAAGUCUUGAUUGCUCUUAGGAAACUGGAAAGACUGGACAAGGAUGAAUUCACAGAGGAAGAACGAACUGAAGCGGAGGAAAUCUAUGAACAAAGAAAACAAGAAGAGGCCCUUGAAGGCGCUGAAGAAGAGGCUUUGCCAUCAGAUGAAGAAACUCAGGAAGCUCCAUAAUACUUGAACUGUGUGAAUACUGGAGACGAUUAGGACCGGACAGACACAACCUGAGACAUAGUGUAUAGUUACACUACAACAUCUCAAUACCUGAAUUCAGUAGUUUUUAAAACUUAAAACUGAUACUGGUUUCACCCUUCUAACCCUGUAGACAUCUUUCAGCCAAACAAACUUAACAAAAUAAACAGUACAAGAAAGAUAUCUAGGGUUAAUAUAAAAGAUAUAACAGAAUUACUCAAUUCUCCUAGUAUCACCAAAGAAAACAUGAGUUUCAAAUGUUUUGAAAUGUAUUAUAAAUUAUCAUGUGCAUUACAUUAUAUUUUUGUUAAUUAAAAAAAAAAAAAAAACAAUUUUUACAUCUUCACUUAAGACAUUGAUAAUAUGUACAGGAAUAAUAAUAUAAAUCAUACUUAUUGUCACUUUAAGGUGCUAAAUAUUUACAAAAUGUGUAAAAUAAUAAUGAUUACUGUAAUUCUAUUAUUUAUUCCACUGCCAAAAAGCAGUGGGGACUUCAAUGCUGCUUGUAUGUGUGUAUGCAUCUAAAACUCUUUGUACUGGACUUGACAUACUGAAGUCCUUGACAACAUUUGUAUGGUUAGUUUCUGUCCGGAUGAUCUCCCCUUUUGACCUCGAACACUAUACCCACAUAGGGAGUAUUUAACAGCUGGGUUUUUUAAAACUCUACAAUGAAUUCAUAAAUAGAUAUCCAGGUCUGCUGUCACAUUUUGACAAUUUGUGUGAGUUAAUCUCGGGCACAAUUUCAAAAGUCUUUGAAUUACAAGUGAAUUACUAGUAGUUUUUACAGCUCUCCAGAGUUCCAAGGUGGUCGUCACCCAUCAAAGUGUUAACUAGAGUAUCGACGAAAAGCCAAUUUUGUUAAUCUUGGAACCUUGAUUAUGUAUAUAUAUAUAGACAAGCAUUUUUUAAAGUCACUGAAUCUAGUUCUUACUAUCAGACUUUGUAAAAUAUUUCUGGCUGUUAAAGCUUUUUUUUUACCAUUAACUUAAUCAUUACACAAAGUCAGACAUUUACAAGUAUUUAAAUGGUCAGUUUUGGUCAAUUUAACUGGGUUUUUUAUCUUCCUGGUGUAUUACACACACCAGGAAGAUAAAAAAAGAGUUAAGUUUAUGCAAAACAAAAAGUAUGUACUAGUACCGCACAACCUAUACAUUAUGAUUAACUAUAGUCCGUCCCAUCCUCCUACAAAAAUGUUUUUUGUAAAUAAUUUCAGUUUGGUUUGACGCAAGAAGAAAAGUAAAAGUGUUUUGGAAAUAACUAAAAAAUACUAUUUUUGUGUAGUAAAUUCCAGGGUAUGAAAAAAGACGGACCAGUGCCAGAUUUAUAACGGGGGCAAAGGGGGCAAUUGCCCCAGGCCCCCCUGCAAGAGGGGGCCCCCAGACUAAGGAUUUCCUUUAUAAAAAAAUGUAAUAAUUAUAAAAGUAGUUCAUUUUUUUAAUUGUCAUGUAAUUUAAUUUCUAUGUUUAGGGAUCCCCUAACCUGAAGUGCCCAGGGCCCUGCCCUAGGUCCCCCAAGGUCUAAAUCCGGCCUUGGGACGGACUAUAGAUGCUUUUUCAUUGGACCAUAUUAAAAUUGUACAUAAAAUCAUUGUGAACAGGAACAUUUGUUUGAAAUUUCUAGUUUUGGGUGGGGUUGGGGAAAGAGUGUGACUGACUAUGGAAGAUGUUAUUUCCUUUGUUUUUGACGACGCUAUAACUGUGAUAAUACCUGUAUAUAUGUUCAUGUUUAUUUAUCAGCAUUGUGGACAGUUUGUUCACAACACUGGCAAAUAUUACCUUUUAUUAUAAAUAAAACAAUUUUUCUGA